CCACCGGGACUGACGCUGCUGCUGCUGCUGUAUUCUCUAAGGGGCAAGGAUGUUGCUUACAUCAGUGCUGCUGGUCACAGUACUGUCCAGAGUGUGGGGCCAAGACUUUUAUGAAGACAGGAAAACUAUCCAAAAGUCCAGAGCCAAACUUCUAGCUGCAAAUAUCCACAAUGGGCAAGCCAUCCUUGAUGAUGACUGUAACUUGGAGCUUGCCUUCCUGUUGGACAGCUCUGAGAGUGCAAAAGACAAUCAUGAGGAGGAAAAGAGGUUUGCUAUGAACAUGGUGGACAGACUCCAAGGUGUCCAGCUGCAGACCAGACGCAGCUUGAGUUUGAGAGUUGCUCUGCUGCAGUACAGCAGCCACGUUAUCACAGAGCAGACCUUCAGGGAUUGGAGAGGAGCAGAGAACUUCAAGACCCAAAUAGCUCCCAUCAUCUACAUUGGACACGGCACCUACACCACAUACGCUAUCACCAACAUGACCAGGAUGUACCUGGAAGAAUCCAGCCCUGGCAGCAUCAGAGUAGCAGUGCUGCUUACAGAUGGCGUUUCCCACCCGAGGAACCCUGACAUUUUAUCUGCUGCUGCUGAAGCCAAGAACCACGGCAUCAAGAUCUUCACUUUGGGCAUCACCCGAGCAGCCAACGAGCCAGCCAAUGUAGCUCAGCUCCGCCUGCUCGCCAGCUCUCCUGCUUCCCGUUUUCUCUAUAAUUUACAGGAUGAAAAUGUGGUUGAAAAAAUCACCACUGAAAUUAUUGGCUUAGCUGAUGAAGGAUGCCCUCUGUCUCAGAGAUGUGCUUGUGAGAAAGGAGAGAGAGGACCCAGCGGGCCUGCAGGGAAGAAGGGUCGCCCCGGUGAUGAUGGAGCCCCGGGGCCUAAAGGGCAAAAGGGUGAAGCAGGAUUAAGUGGAGUGCCUGGGCGAGAGGGUUCAGAGGGAAAACCAGGUUACAAAGGAGAUAAGGGUGAGAGAGGUGAAUGUGGCACUCCAGGAAUCAAAGGAGACAGGGGUCCUGAGGGUUCAAUUGGAGCAAGAGGACCCCGAGGCCUGCAGGGUUUACCAGGACCAAAUGGAGACAGUGGACCUGAGGGCCCUCAGGGAAAGCAGGGUGAACGGGGCCCACCUGGCCCUCCAGGGAUUCAGGGGGAGACUGGUAUUGGACUUCCUGGACCAAAAGGUGACAUGGGAUUCCAAGGCCGACCAGGUCCUCCUGGUCCUCCAGGAGUGGGUGAACCCGGCCUUCCUGGACCUCAAGGACCACAAGGUGUUCAAGGGGAAAAAGGACCCCAAGGCGAAGGGUUCCCUGGAUCAAAGGGGGAUCGAGGGCUCCCAGGACCCAGGGGGCCACAGGGACAGCAGGGUGUGGGCAUUAAAGGAGAAAAGGGAGAAUUGGGCCCACCAGGUUUGCCAGGGCCAACUGGACCAAUAGGAGUGGGCAUACAGGGAGAAAAGGGAAAUGAAGGACCAAGAGGACCACCAGGAAUCAGAGGUCUUCCAGGAGAAGGACUACCUGGGCCCAAGGGAGACCAAGGUUUACCAGGAGAGCACGGAGCUCCAGGAGAGAUAGGCGUUGGUGAACCAGGUCCAAAAGGAGAACCUGGAGCAGCAGGAGUGAGUGGCCUGCCUGGUCUGCCGGGAGAAGAUGGAGCUCCUGGGCAGAAGGGGGAGCCUGGUUUGGCUGGUUUAAGAGGUCCUGAGGGGCCACAAGGAAUUGGCAUUCAAGGCGAGAAGGGUGACCAGGGCCUGAGGGGCAUCCGUGGGUUACAUGGGCCUCCUGGGGUCUCAGGAUCACCUGGAGCAAAAGGUGAACGCGGGGUACCAGGCCAGCAGGGCGUGCCGGGGCAGCCGGGACGGUUCAUAGCAGGUCCAAAGGGUGAUAUUGGUCCUGCUGGCCCCCCUGGUCCUAUUGGGGAAACAGGACAUGGACUACCUGGUCCCAAGGGCAAUCGUGGUUAUCCAGGUUCGCCGGGUCCAGAUGGCCCAAAAGGUGAAGGCAUUCCUGGCCCAAUGGGUCCUCCAGGUAUGCCAGGUUUACCAGGUGAGCCCGGCCCAGAGGGUGUGGGAUUUCCUGGACCUAAGGGAGAAAUUGGCUUUAGAGGAUUGCCAGGUUUGCCUGGUCCACCUGGAGAGGGCUUACAAGGACCACCAGGUAAUGUUGGGAGGCCAGGUCCUCCGGGCCCAACUGGACCCCAAGGAGAAGGUAUUCAAGGUCCAAAGGGUGAGCCAGGAUCGCAAGGCAUAACUGGGCCUAGAGGGCCUCGAGGAGAUGGACCCCCUGGAGAAAAAGGUGAUCGCGGACUACAGGGUGAGAGAGGGAUGAAGGGUACAAAAGGAGACAUGGGAGAUCCUGGAGUCCCUGGUGAAAUGGGAAGGCCGGGAGGAAAGGGAGAACCAGGCCUCACAAGAGAAGAAAUUAUUAAGCUGAUCAGGGAAAUCUGCGGAUGUGGUAUCAAGUGCAAGGAAAGGCCAAUGGAACUUGUUUUCGUCAUUGACAGCUCAGAGAGUGUCGGCCCUGAGAACUUUGAGAUCAUCAAAGAUUUUGUCACGAGGUUGGUGGAUCGGACCACAGUUGGGCGCAACGCCACCAGGAUUGGCCUGGUCCUCUACAGUCUGGAUGUUCAUUUAGAGUUCAACUUGGCUCGCUACGUGACCAAACAGGAUGUCAAGCAGGCAAUCAGAAAAAUGCUUUACAUGGGUGAGGGCACUUACACUGGCACUGCGAUUAGAAAGGCGACUCAGGAGGCUUUCUUCAGCGCCCGCCCUGGAGUCAGAAAAGUAGCCAUCGUCAUCACCGAUGGUCAGACUGACAAACGAGAGCCUGUCAAGCUUGACAUAGCUGUGCGGGAAGCUCACGCUGCAAACAUUGAGAUGUAUGCUCUGGGAAUUUUCAAUGCCUCUGAUCCAACGCAGGAUGAGUUCUUACAGGAACUCAAUCUUAUUGCCUCGGAUCCGGAUAGUGAACACAUGUACCUCAUUGAUGACUUCAACACGCUAUCAGCACUGGAGUCCAAACUUGUCAGCCAGUUUUGUGAAGAUGAAAACGGUGCCUUUAUUUACAAUCACAUUACCAAUCAACAUUGGAACAGUAAUAAUGGGCUUGGUAUUAAUGGAAACAAUGGAGAGACUACUAAUACCUACAAUGUCUAUGGUAAUAAUGGUUACAUUUUUGGAAACAAUGGAUAUGGGAACAAUUAUGGAGAAGAAAUCCAAAAUCAGAGACGCACCAACACCCGUGGAGACAGUUUCACACUGCCUAUUAGUGCUGAUCCUCUUCCUGCUCAGGUGACAGAAGAUGAUGAUGGUGAAGAUUUAGAUUUAAGGGUCCAUGUGCGGGGUGAUAACACUCUUUCUAGAGUCAACAAAACAGCAUCACCUGUUAGAGAAAGCUCCGUGUCCAAUAAGGCUGUCGUAUCAUCUUCGUCAUCAUCGUCAGCAUCAUCUGUAUCUGCAACAUUUUUGUCAAGUUCAAGCUCAAACUCCAAUCAGUUGCAGCCUGUAGUAAAUCCAGUCCAGCUUAAAGAGGUCCCUCAUCAAGAUCCCCGCUGUGACCUCAACUUGGACCAAGGCACCUGCUGGGAUUAUAUCAUCCGCUGGUAUUAUGACAAGCAGGCCAAUGCUUGUGCACAGUUCUGGUAUGGAGGCUGUGGUGGAAAUGACAACCGCUAUGAAACAGAAAAUGAAUGCAUGAAGACUUGUGUUCUGUUGAGAACAGGUGGAUAAAAGGAAGAAACACCAUCUCUGGCAAUCCAGCGCUACAGUCUUCUGAUUUCUUCAUUUUAAUGUGAUGCCUUGUGUCACUUGUGUCACAUUUGAUCUUAGACACAAAUCCAUUUUUAAUAAAUAGAAAGACAGCUGACAUGUUGCUGGUUUAACCCAAAAAAAAAAAAA